AUGCUCUUCCCCCAAUUAUCCCUCACCCUACACGACAUUCUCCAAAGGAACGGCACUAAUCCCGCAGACCUCAAAGCGUUCGCCUACUACACACAGCCCCUAGUGCCCGAAUGCCAAACCUAUGGCCCCUACUCCCCUCAAUGUUUCUCGCCGCCCCUCGACUACGCCGCAGAGCUCGUAGCAGCAAUAUCGUGCUCCGAUGGCUUAGCUCCGAUGGAUAUGAUGGCUACUGAGUUCGCGGAGUAUUGGCGGAGGGUGGGGGGGCAAAGUGUUUAUCUGGGAGAUCGGUGA